GUCGGUAAUGUGCACACGGACAGCGUCAUAGGUAAAACGGGAAGUACAAACCGAAAGUAGAAUCGCUGUGACAUUUCUCGGAACUUACGAGCAGCCUAAGAACGCCCAUUACUAUCGAACCGAUCAAUAUAAGGCUCCUACUCAUGAAGUGACAUGACGGAUGAUGUCUAACGGAUCACACGACUCUCAUAAUGCUCUGGAACGAAACUGUCGGCCGGAGUGGGCCCUGUGGACAUGCGUGGCGGCCAACAUAUGUGGUUUGACCAGCACCACGCUGUGGUUCCUAGUCUUGUUACCACAGGUAUACAAGAACUUCCGCCGGAAGUCCGUCGUGGGACUCAGUAUACUGUGGGCGACUGCUAACUUUACAGCUUCAUUAGUUAAUAUUUUCUUUGUGUUUCUUUACGCCAGCCUACCCGUAUAUUCGUCAAUUAACGCCGUGUACAUGCCAAUACUGGAGUUCACCAUACUCGUUCAGUUUUGGUUGUACAACUCGGAGUUCUCAAAGAAAGCUAAAUACUGCUAUGCUGCUGGUUGUGCGGUCAUUUGGGGUACCAUCAUUACAAUACAACUGACAACACGAAUGUUUGCCGAGAUGCAAUGGGUAGCCAUUACACUCUGGUGUGUGGAGACUUUACCACAGAUUGUCCUUAAUCUGAAAUUACGCUCCACUUCCGGUCAAUCGACACGCUCUGCAGUGAUAGCAACGAUUGGAAAGAUGACGGACUUCCUGGCGACGUACGGUUUAGUAAUUCCUUUGCAGUAUGUGGUGAUGGCAUAUUUCUCUAGCUCUGUUGCCUACGUCAACGGUAUCCAGAUAGCUUGGUACUAUCGAAAAGGAAACUAUGGGGUCUCUGGAACGCCAACACCAACCCAUCAAAAUACUGCAUUUAUCGAGGGAAGCGCGCAGGUGUACGACGUUCAAAGUGAGGGCAAUGGCGGCGACGUAGUGCAGUCUGAAGAUGACGUCGAAUACACGCCGCUUUGUUCCAGUAUCGUCGUCAGGUGGCGCCACCCGAAUUUAUCGCGAUUGUGUUUUAUAAGAGGAGUUGUCAUUGGCUUUCUUGUUUCAGCAUUGGUACUGUUCUUGUUUGGCCUUGUCGUAGUGACCGCUUCCGCUUAUAGUUCAAUGGCUCCUAUAUCCAUAGCAUCUGUCCUCGCGUUUGCCUAUAUGUAUUACCAUACUGCCAUAGGUCAGAGGUGUCGACAAAUUUGUAUCAACAGGUGUCGGAAAAAGCCAAAUUAGGUGAUGCAAUUACUAGAAAUUAAUAAAUGUUAAAGGUUUACACAACUGAUGUGUUGUUGUUUGUAUGUGCCUGCAUGAUAUAGUCAUACUCCUAUAACAUAAGAGGCCGCUGGUCGGCUCUUUUUCUAUCGGAUAUUAUUUUGCCGACUGCCGUGUAAAACCUCUAACAUUGUUGGAGU